AUGUGGAGGGCACCUCGAUUUUGUUAUCUCGUUACUAGAUUGAGUGAAGUGAACAUAAGUGAUGUCAAUCGAUGUUACAGUCAAAUGUUGUCCCAACCAUCUUAUUCGCAAACCAAAUCUGAAUCUGUUCCUUCCGACCAAAAAGGCAGCGGUAGAGAGAAACCAAAGCAUUACAUUGGGGAAAAUGUAUCUAGAAAAGAUAGAACCAAGUUUCUUCUCACCACACUUCGAGAUAUCGAUGAUAGUAAGGAGGCUAUUUAUGGUGCUCUUGAUGCAUGGGUUGCUUGGGAGCAAAAUUUUCCAAUUGGUGCAUUGAGAAAUAUAUUGAUUAGUCUUGAGAAGGAACAACAGUGGCAUAGGAUUGUUCAGGUAAUUAAAUGGAUGUUGAGCAAGGGUCAAGGGACGACGAUGGGAACAUAUGGUCAAUUGAUUCGAGCUUUAGACAUGGAUCAUAGAGUUGGAGAAGCACACAAGUUCUGGGAAAUGAAAAUUGGCACUGAUUUGCAUUCUGUUCCUUGGCAGAUGUGCCAUCUUAUGAUAUCAGUAUAUUAUCGAAACAAUAUGCUGGAUGAACUUGUUAGGCUUUUCAAGGGACUGGAAGCUUUUGAUCGUAAACCUCGGGACAAAUUAAUCAUUAAGAAAGUGGCAAAUGCUUAUGAUAUGUUAGGCUUGGUUGAAGAGAAAGAGAGGAUACUGGAAAAAUAUAAUCAUCUUCUCAUAGAAGGACCAAGACCAACGAGGAAAGGUGGAAGGAAAUCGAGCGCAAAAAAGAAUAAAGAGCAGCCUAAUGAAUCUAAAAAGGACUCUGAGGAAAAAUAG